CUCGUAAACCUUUGAUCUUAGGCGGGAAAUCAUCGGAAAAAAAAAAUGAUUGACUCAUCUCCGUCUUCCUCGGCAGAAUCCAGCUUCCGGGAACUCGAUCAAGCUUUCUUGCAGACUCAAACAAGAAUAUGGCUGGGAGAAGUUCUCAACACAAGAUUCGAUCAGGAUAAUUUAAACAUCUCUGAGUUGCUUCAAGAUGGAGAGAUACUGUUUGAAGUUUCUAAAACAGUGUGGAAUCUGUUGUUGACAAAAUGUAUGGAGUUAAGACAUUUAAAGCAUAAAUACGGGCCGUUUGGUUCGAAAACGAGCAGUGGUAGGUACAAGCCUUACUCCAACGUCGAUUCCUUUCUAAAGACGUGCAAAAUUCUUGGAUUGAGUGGCAUUGACCUAUUUUCUCCAUCGGAUGUUGUCGAGAAACGAGACGUUCGAAAAGUUUGCAUUUGCAUAAGAGCCCUUUCGAAGAAAGCUAGGUCUAAGCAUCUUUGUGUCCCUGAUUUCGAUGUGGUUAUAUGCUCGUCAGUAGCCAUGCCGACAGAUAUGGUAGGCGUAAUACGAAAAAGCUUAGAAUCACCACAAUGCAGUACCCUUUCAAGUUCGUCGAGUUUUAUUUCUCGUAAUACUCCACUGAAAAAGCCGGAACAGAAAAAAUAUUAUGCGCCGUACGAUAGGAACGGUGAUUAUAGUAGCUCCGAAGAGUCGGACGAAGCAGAAAGCCGAUAUAUGGGUGAAUAUUCUUUUUCAUCCGUUAAUUCAGACAUAGAAAGCUCACCCGAAGCGCAUAAUGUACUAGAAUUGGAUGCUCAGAAAAAGGAAGAGGGGCGUAAAAGUAAAAACACUACUGCAGACGAAGAUUCUCCGUGCAUCAGUAUAGGCGAAAACAAUUAUAUUUCGGAUUAUUUGGCAUUUUCGGAUUUAAUGGUCCUCCAUGCAACUGAUGAUGGCAGCAGCAAUAAUCGAGUUAUUCCUGAUGGAGGAAACAAUGUUUUUGAUUUCUUUUUGAAUGUCGAUUCGCAAGGACUCGUUCAGCGUGGGUCCUGCAAGAAAUUAUCGGACGAUGAAGAAAUGGAGGUGUCUUCCACCACUAGCAUGACUUCUGUAUUGGGGCGGUUGCUCAAUUUGGAAUUUGACGAGCAUUUCGAUGAGGAUGAUUCAUCGAGCGCGAAUGUUUGCUCUUUUUCAUCAAAGGAAAGCAAAGUCGAAAAGCACUACAAAAAAGAUCCGUUCGUAUUAUCCGAGUACAAAAAAACGGACACAUUGCAAGAUGCUUCUACCGAGUAUCUUCUUCUAUCUGAGGACAAAUCUGAAUUAUCCGGUUUAGGGUUUCUAGAAGGUGGAUCGUGUCGCACUGAAAUUAGCAAUCCUGAAAAUGGUGACUUUUGUCAGGAAAAUAGGGAUAUGGUUAUUUCAGAUGUAAGAUCCGAAUAUUUUGAAUUUUCAUGCAAACGUAAUCCGGUUGAAGAGAGUGGAGAAUCGAACGAACAGGUCGAGAACAUGAAUAUUCAAGAUUAUAGAAUCCAAGAUUCGCAUCUCGGUUUUUCGAACGACACUAACUUCUGCGGUUCUAUAUCGGAAAAUGGCAUUCAGGAUAAAACAGAAGAUGAUCCGCUUAUUCUUACACAAAGUAUUACAGACCGAACGAAGGACAAAAACCCUCCACAGCCUAAUACGAAUCGAAAUCGAAGGCCACUACUGAAAACAGUAUUCAAAGGCACAGCAAUUGCUGGUGCUUUACUUCUCUUUCUCCACAUCAGGUGUGAAUCUUUUAUUUUCCUAAUAUUUCUCACUUUAUAUAUUAUUCUUUCUAGUAAGUUGAUGCACAAUUUCUACGGUCACAGAAAAAGCAAUGGGAACAAAAACGAACACGAAACCAAGCACCAGUUUCAAAACCACAGCAAACCGAAGCCAUCUUCAAUCGAGCAACAACAGAAAACAAGAGUACGAAACGGGAUAUAUCCAUCACAAAACCUCAAGCUAUGAAAAAUAACAAGCUUCAAAACAUUAAUCACGAGCAAACCUUCACUUUCCCAGCCAACAUAAACCCUUUAUACGCAACCGAUCUCACGAGGCGGGCCCCACCCCAAGCAGCCUCCAGCUUCCGAACAGUAUCUUCCGGUAAUAAAUCCACACCUCGUUCCUUAGCAGUCACGACAGCCGACCAAGACCUCACCAUUUUCAAAUACCCCUCGAAAGAAAGCUCCUUCGGUAUAUCAAGAGCCACCGGAUUCCCCUCCGAUCCCAGCCCUACAUUUUCGAAAGGGAACGGUAGUGAUUUAUAUCCAUCGAAAAUAAGAUCGAUCUUCGAGUUCCAGUACGGGAGUGUGGUGUCGUGAAAUUUUUUAGCUGCGGCGUCGAAUGCUGGGGUGACAGCUAUGUCGUUGUAUCCCCACACGGCGAGAAUGCCGCCCGGUUUUCGGAGGAGGCGAUUGGCCAGGGAGUAGAAUCUCGGUAGGUCGAACCAGUGGACCGCUUGAGCUACGGUGAUUAAAUCGAGCGAGGAGUCGUUGUUGCCGGGGGCUAUUAGGUUCGCCAGGUCGUCGUCGGAUAAUGAUGGCGGCGUGUGGAGGUAGCGUAUUCGAGGGUGCGGCGUUGCGUGUUUCAGCUGCGGUUCGCUUGUGUCGGUUGCGAUUACUUGCUUGUAAUGCUCUGCCACCUGUGUAUUGAAAAAGGAUCAAUUUUUGUUCUGUUUUU